AUGGAUGGAGGAGCGGGCCAGAGGAAGGUGGUCCUUGCCGCCCUCCAAUUCGCCUGCUCCGACUCCGCCUCCGAGAAUGUCGACACUGCGGAGAGGUCCCUCCCUCCCUCCCUCGGUGUUCUCCUUGGAUCCUUUGUGUUUGAACAGGGGGGGAUCGGUGGGAGAAAACAGGGCGCAGAUGAUGCGAGGGCUGUGGUCAUGACUAGGUUAACUGGAAACACGCUGUGGAAAUGAAGAUCGCUCUUACCUCUCUCUCUCUCUCUCUCUCUCUGUAUUAUCCUUGGAUUCUUUGUAGUUGAACAGCGCGGGAUCGGUAGGGGAGAAAACAAGGCGCAGAUGAUGCGGGGGCUGUGGUUAUGACUAGACUAUAUAAAAACACUCUGUGGAAACGACGAUUGAUCUUCCCUACCUGGCAUAACUCAUCUUCUACUUGUUCGCCUUGAGUUAUCUCUCUUCCCAAAAAGUUUUCAGACGCUUUUGCAUAUCCGUGAUGUUACCACCAGGUUUUGUUAGCUAUUAGGAUGAUAGAGAAAAAUUGAGGAGCGGCCUAUGAAAGGCUUGGGUGGGUGGAUAUUGUGAACUGCCAGUGCAAUUGUUCAAGAUGACAGCGCAUCCGUGAUGCUGAUGUGUUGGGUUUUGAUUAUUUCUAGUUCAUGCUGUUCUUGUCAAAUAUGCCCUCACCUGACUUUCCCGGCUCCCUCUUUGAUCAUCCUUUCGAUUUGAUUUUAUGACCAUAGGUUCUUGCUUGGAAAUCUGAUUACGACUGUCCAUCUAGCUGUAAAGUUAUAGCUUCAUAUCUCUUUUUGUUGCAGGCUGGUCCGGGCUGCUCAUGAGAAGGGUGCAAACAUAAUCCUCAUUCAGGUAAAUGAGAAAAUGAAAGCAAUAUCCUCGACAACGAGCAUGAUGACGGCACCUGCCAGCUUCUUAAUUGUUUCCAUAACUAGUUUCCGUCAUCGAAGUCUGAUCAUCAUUUUUGAGACAUUUUUCAACGACAAUGUCGGAUGGCUAAUCCCCCCCACAACCAGAGGGGGGCGAGGUUCCGACCUUCAAUUAUGGAAAUGCAUGUUCUAAAUCACGUUCAUGGAUUACACUUUCAUGCUCCAAAAAAGCUGGGGACCGCCCUUGGAAUGCCUUCCCAUGCUCCUACUGAAUGCUCAUGCUUCAUAGAUGGGUUCCAUCAGAUGCUGCCCACGAUUCUUGGCCAAAAAGGGUGUUCUCUCAUCUCCAAUCCUCUGGCUUAACUUCAUUAGGAACUGUUUGAAGGCUACUAUUUUUGCCAAGCUCAGAGGGAGGACUUCUUUCAGCGGGCGAAACCUUAUAAAGGGCACCCCACAAUAAUUAGGUGGGAAGAGCUCUAAUCACAGGCUUCGAUGUUCCAUAAUUUUCCCGGAAACUGAACGGGAAGAACUCUGUACUUAGCCGCCGUAACAUCAUUGAAUGUACUUGACAGGAUGCAGAAACUGGCAAAGGAGCUGGGUGUGGUCAUCCCCGUUAGCUUCUUUGAAGAAGCUAAUAAUGCUCACUACAAUUCUGUGGCUAUGGUUGAUGCUGAUGGAGCCGAUCUUGGAUUAUAUCGGAAAUCGCAUAUUCCGGAUGGUCCAGGUAAGAACUCUGUUGUUGGUUUUGAAUAGAUUCGAAGGACCCUUCACUUAUAUUUCCUGGUAUAUAAAAAUUAUCCGCGUGGGAUAAAUCCUCAGGCUAUCAAGAAAAGUUCUACUUUAACCCGGGCGACACAGGCUUCAAGGUUUGACCCUUGUUUGCAUGCUUCUUUCGUCGAUGAUUGUUUCUCACAUGGUCGGAUUUCUGGACUAAUAAGUGAGCGCGCAGGUUUUCGAUACCAGGUUUGCCAAGAUUGGUGUUGGUGAGUUGACUUUUGGUGAAUUACAUUAUUACUACACUGGGUUCGCCCAUGUUGACUUUUCCCAACUUUCUGACAAGAUUCUCCUAAAAAUUACAUUUUUACCAGCGAUCUGUUGGGACCAGUGGUUUCCCGAAGCCGCCCGGGCUAUGGUUCUCCAGGGUGCUGAGAUCCUGCUCUACCCGACGGCCAUUGGAUCAGAACCGCAGGACCAGAACCUUGACUCCCGGGAGCAUUGGAAGCGAGUGAUGCAGGGUCACGCCGGGGCAAAUCUGGCAAUUCCCCUCACCCCGGUGCUUGCUGCUAAAGAGUUGGGAAUUUAAAGGUCAACGUGUUACUCAUGGUAAUUGACUUUUUACACUCCAUCAGGUCCCCCUUGUGGCCUCCAACCGGGUGGGAAGAGAGACGAUCAGAACGGAGCACGGGAACAGCACCAUCACCUUUUAUGGCAAUUCGUUUAUAGCUGGUGCGCGCCGUUCAUACCAUCCCACAUGGGUUUAUUGAAUUAAAUUCAUCUAGAUAUUCUUUCGGAUUCUGCCGGCUGAUGCUGCCAAGAACAGGGCCGAAUGGGGAAAUAUUGGCGCUGGCUGGCGACAAGGAUGAGGCAGUUCUGACGGCCGAAUUCAACUUGGAGAAGAUAAGAUCUCAGAGGCACAGCUGGGGGGUCUUCAGGGACCGCCGGCCAGAUCUAUACAAGGCGCUCUUGACGCUCGACGGCAGUCGGCAAGCCUGA